AUGUUACCCGUACCCCCUUCCUCAGCAAAAUGCGCUCCGACAUGGUCAACAGUCAGGCGAAAAUCAUGGCUUCAUCCACUUUCACGGGACCGUGUAGAUAACCUUUCUGUGCAUGAUUUGAUGAGAUAUGAAAAAAUGGAUGAAACUAGAUCUCUGAUUUUACCUAAACAUUUGUUUAAUUUCCAAGCUCAACCUUUUAAGAUGGAUUCAAUGAGAAGACAAAAAGCGGAAAACAAGUUUCCGCUGAUUUUAUAUGAUACUUCAGUGCCCACAGGAAAAUUUGUAUCAACCCCUAACAAACCUUUCCGAAAUGCUGAAAUCCUCGGGUCGAGACAUAAAUUGAAAUCACAAGAUAACGUUCAAUUGCUAAAACCGUCUGUUCAUUGUACAAUACUACCAUGGAAAAGUGAAAACUUAAACAAACUUUUACCUUUAGAUAAAAUCAAAUUACUUAAAAAGUCAAACUCAGGAAUUGGGAAGAAGAAACAUUAUCCUAUGAAUAUGAGCUUAUUGAAAAGUCAUUUUGUAAUGAAUAAAUGUAAUUUACCGAAUCCAACUAUAUUUCAACUUUUAAAGUUGGAUAAAAUUAGCCCUAAAAUCAAGCAGCCGUUCUGUAAACUUAUAAAGCUACCAUAUUUAAAGCAUUCUAGUGACAAACAUACUGAUCACAAUCAAAAUAGAAGGCAAAUGGACAACAUCAUAUCAGACUCAAAAGAAAUAUCCAUUUUGGGUUCCAAGAGAAGUAUAUAUCCUAACUAUCAUGCUUCAACAUGUAAAGCAAACUCACAAGAACAUACUUCACAAAUACUAACUUAUCCCGUUGUUAGUGAACAAUACAACGAAGAUCAACCUACACUCAAUGAUAUUUCAUGGGCUGUGGAUACAACGAAAGACAAUAUUAUUAAGCCUAUGCUUCCUAACAGUGUAAACGUAUGUAACUCAUCUCAUAGGGAUACAAAUUCACCUGCUUGUGGAAAUGAGAAAAAUCAUAGUGAUUUUGGAGCUCAGUUUAACUUCGUUGAUUACGGUGGACCAAAAGCUCAAGUUGGAUUCGGUACAUUUUCGGGCUUCAGUGACACUCAAGAUUUUAUUGAACAGUUGUUACAAAAUGAUAUUGGACAUUUCACUAAGCAGUUUCUCAGUAUACACACAUCUGACCUGAUAGACUGGACUAAUGAAGAAGACAAUAAAAAUGUUAAUGAAGCACAUGUUCCAUUUGUUCAUUCUCAUUCAGAAUCAUCCAAUCGUGUUCAACAACACAGCCAAAAUGUUACACAACAGGCAGAUUUGCAACACGACAUUCGACCAAUGGAAAAACAGACAAUUAGUUCUUUGAAUAAUGUGUAUAACAAAGCUUCAGUAUCACCAAGGCCUUUAUCAACACCAACAUCUCCAAAUAAUAAUGACAAUACUCCUAGACUGAUAGCUGACCCGAUUACAGCCAAAACUUUGGCAUAUCCGAUUAUCAAUAACAAAGAAAAAUAUUCAGUCACCAAUGGAUCGUGA